AUGCAUCAAGAGGAUGCCAAUUUCGGAUCAGUGAAUGUGGGAUUUGCUGGGAUGAAGGCGUUUCUGCUUGUUGAUACGAGAUACACAGAGAUGUGUGUCCGCGAUACGAUUCCCGACGUUCCUCCGAAGGGCAAGUGCUGCGAUCAGUGGGUGCGCCAUCUGAGUAUCUUCAGACCUAGGCAACUCGACGGAGCAGGCGAGCGGUUCACAAUACUUGUUCAACGAGUAGGAGAUCUCAUCUUCAAGAAGCGCAAACAGCAUUACCAAGUCAUCACUAUCCAAGAUUCGCGCUCUCUCUCUAUCAACUACACCAGCAAAUUAGAUACACCGAGCUUCUUUGACGCGCAGAAUCCCCUCUGCUGGUGUCAGACCUAA